GAGACUAAUAGAGAGAGUGACCGGAAGAAGAAGCGGUGUGGCAAAUAUCAAAUCGUUGCGCUUUGCCUUGUUGGCCACCAAGCGUCAUGAUGAGUUUAAAGCGAAAGGGAAACACAAGGUUGAGCCACACACAGCGGAGCAGAUAGAGAGAGGAGAGACGUCCCUGCGAAGGUAACCAUGGCAAUGAUGGGCCAGAGUUCCUGCUCCUCGAUGAGUAACCACACCAAGGAGCGCGUGACCAUGGCCAAAGUAACCCUGGAGAACUUCUACAGCAACCUUAUCGCCCAACAUGAGGAGAGAGAGAUGAGGCAGCAAAAGUUGGAAAAGGUGAUGGACCAAGAGGGCUUGGUUGAUGAAGAGAAGUGUAUCCGGCGUUCUCAGCACGCCAGGAAAGAGACCGACUUCCUGCGUCUCAAACGAACCCGUCUGGGCCUGGAGGACUUUGAGUCCCUCAAGGUGAUUGGCCGAGGAGCUUUUGGAGAGGUGCGUCUGGUGCAGAAAAAGGACACGGGCCAUGUGUACGCUAUGAAGAUCCUCCGUAAGGCUGACAUGCUGGAGAAGGAACAGGUGGGUCACAUCCGUGCCGAGCGAGACAUUCUGGUGGAGGCAGACAGCCUGUGGGUGGUCAAGAUGUUCUACAGCUUCCAGGACAAGAUGAACCUCUACCUCAUCAUGGAGUUCCUGCCUGGUGGUGACAUGAUGACCCUGCUCAUGAAGAAGGAUACUCUGACUGAGGAGUCCACUCAGUUCUACAUCGCUGAGACAGUGAUAGCCAUCGACUCCAUCCACCAACUAGGCUUCAUCCACAGAGACAUCAAACCUGACAACCUGCUACUAGACUCCAGGGGCCAUGUGAAGCUGUCUGACUUUGGUUUAUGCACGGGUCUGAAGAGGGCCCAUCGUACGGAGUUCUACAAGAACCUCAACCACAGCCUCCCCAGUGACUUCAGUAAGCAAACAUUCAAUAACAUGAACUCAAAGAGGAAAGCAGAGACAUGGAAGAGGAACAGGAGACAGCUGGCCUUCUCUACUGUGGGCACCCCUGACUACAUCGCCCCAGAAGUCUUCAUGCAGAACGGAUACAACAAGCUCUGUGAUUGGUGGAGCCUGGGAGUCAUCAUGUAUGAGAUGCUGAUAGGCUAUCCCCCGUUCUGCUCGGAGACCCCCCAGGAGACCUACAGGAAGGUGAUGAACUGGCGGGAAACGCUGACCUUUCCCCCGGAAGUGCCCAUCUCCGAGAAGGCCAAGGACCUCAUCCUCAGGUUUUGCUGUGAAGAGGAGCACAGGAUUGGAGCGACGGGGGUGGAGGACAUCAAGGGCAACGCCUUCUUCGAAGGGGUGGACUACGACCACAUCAGAGAGAGGCCCGCUGCCAUUCCCAUCCAGAUCAAAAGCAUCGACGACACGUCCAACUUUGACGAGUUCCCAGACUCCGAUAUCCUCCAGCCAACGGCUGCCCCUGUGGUGUCUAACCAUUCUGAGGCAGACCUGAAGAACAAGGACUGGGUCUUCAUCAACUACACCUACAAGCGCUUCGAGGGCCUCACAGCCCGAGGGACCAUCCCCUCCUACAUGAAGACAGGGAAGAGAUGAAUAAUUUCUUUGUUCACUCACUCACUCUACCUGCCCCUCAGACUGGCAUUCAAAAGGAAUACACCAUGGAGCCCACUGACCACUCCUCUAGCUCCAAAAGACACUAAAUUAACCUUGUUUUGGGCCCUUCCUGCUGAAGGACGUUCCUCCUUCCCUUGCAUGGGACUUGAAGGGCUCUGUGUAGAGAAGUGUGGCCUACUCCAACUCUAGUCUGUGUCGAUCAAAAAAAAAAAAGCCAGUAUAGUGCUGGAAGAUAAGGACGGUGUUCCCAUUAUACUGUCUGCAAGCUCAAUUCUUCAUGGAAUAAUUGUUUUUCUAUAUGGAAACUCACAUGCUGUUCCACCCCAGUAUUUAAUUUCCCAUAGCUUUUUUUCAAGUGGGAUCCACCAAAGAGCAGUCUUGGAGAUGUUAUUUCCUUAGUUUGGGGAACAUCUCUCAGAUCUCCACUAGCAUCGGUCCAACUCGGCCAAGACUGAUUCUCUAUGCUUCAUUAUUCCACAGGAACGAACCAAGAUACCAGCAUAACAGGUCACCCUUGGGGCCAGAGCCUGUUGUCACACCAGCGGACCACACUCAACCGGCUAUACCCGCAUUCCGUCACUUCUCCCGUCAUAAACGGGCUUUGAGGUCUUAGCGGAGCGGCCAAUUAUCAAGGGCCUGGGAUCCAAUAUGCCUCGCUUUUCUGUCAAAGGGCAAGCUUUUCUCUCUUCAGUCCUUUUUCAACAAGAGAAAAAUGCUCCACACACAAUCAAAUUCUCCAUCCUUUAGAAAUUAGGUCCCCCUAUUAAAACUAUUAGAAAUGGAGUGUCAUUUGAUGGGAACUAAUGAGUUUUUGGUAAGCUCUCUGAAGCAUCUUGGGUGCUAGGCCUUCCGACAGGUUGCCUGUUGCAACAAGGCAACUCUUAACCAAAGAGAUUAUUAUUUUAGGGUUUCAAUGUAAUUGCUUUGUCCCCAUGUAAUUGUCACUUCAAUACCAUCAAUGGUAGAGCUGUUUUUAUACAUGGAUUUAUGCAAGUGUUUAUAGCAAUAUAAUCACCUCUCUGGAAUAUGAUUCCAUUUGAAAUGGAACUACACCUCCCAGAAGCCCACUUGUUUAGAUUCAUUCUUGAUUUGACAAUCAUCCACUUUUGAAGGGUAGCAUUCAUGUUGUCCUGAGUUUUUAUUAUUUGCCAAUAACUUUUUCUGGAUAUGCAUAUCCUUUAGCUGGAGCGCAAAGUCAAAUGCAAAAAUGUGCAUGUACUGACCAUUUCUUUUGGUUUACUUUUCAAUUGACCUUUUUGUGGUAGGGGAGCUAGAAGUAAGGCCAAGACAUCAAUCUUCUGUUUGUUCUCUCUUUCCUUGUCAUUAAAAAAACAACUUCCUGACCAUUGGUCUGUAGGGGCUUGGUAGGUGAAGUGGCAGGCAGGGCAAGUUGGUUCAGUGGAGCUGGAAGGAACGGGGAAUAGAAAAGGAGCACCUUUUUAGAUUGAGGGACUCUGUCUCUGUGUACUCUGACCCCCAGGUUCGGAUCAUUCACGUCACCUUUCACUUGUCUUGUCUAUAGUUUCCUCUUGCUGUCGCUUGUUUUUUUUUCUUAGCAACUGAGCUUUGAGUAACAAUUUUAAACAUUUCAUUUGUCUCAAGUUUUGUCAAGGAUAUGUCACCUGGAAGUUCCUUACUUUUCAAGAGGUGUGAGGGAGAAACUCUGACCUUAAUUCUACCCAGGGCUAUAUGUGACUGUCCUUAAAACAAAAUCCCAAAUGCUGUGUCAUUUGAAUCGAAUGUAAUCCCCAAGGUGUAGUGGCAGAUUAAUUUCAUGCCAUGUUAAUUCCAAAAUGCUGAAUGGAAUGUAGCCACAGCCACCAUUAGUGGUAGGUUUCUGUCACUCAGGGAAGAUGUCAUCUGGUCUUUUCUUAAAUCCCUGUAUGGUGUUCUGGGUAGUUUAGAGUACUUGCUGAAAUUUAAUAGCCAGAUUAUUUAUUUUUUACAACUGAGCGACAGCUGAUUCGAGACUGGUCUCUAAUCAUUUUACUGAUGCUUGAUGUCCAAAUGAUUCUGUAAUGCUGGGUUUAAAAACUAUUUGGGCGGAUGAGGUAGGAAUGUGCAUAUGACUUUUUAAAUGAUUGUAUUGUUUAAUUUAUGCUGCUUGGUGUGUGUGAUUUGCUUGUCUUCAGAGGAAUGGUUGAUAUGCUCAGUAAAAAUGAGAUGUUUGAUUAA